AUGCCUAAAUGGACCUUCAACCUAAGGUUGGCAAUCCUAGACAGACUAGCCACCAAGGAAAGACUUGCUAGAUGGAGCAAACUGGAUGACACAGUGUGUUCUUUGUGCAAUCGAAGCAAUGAAACAGUGCAACAUCUUUUCUUUGAAUGUGAUACCACAUGGGAACUUUGGCAGAAAAUAUUACAAUGGCAAGGGAUAGUGAAAAGAAAGAAGCAGUGGCACGAAGAAAUACAAUGGACAGCAGAGAAGGCAGCGGGGAAGAGUGCAGGUGCUGAACUAUACAGAGUUGCAAUGGCUGCAGUUGUCUAUCAUGUGUGGCAAGCUAGGAACAGAUGUAUAUUUCAAAAGGAAAAGUUCAAUGUGAUAAAAACAGUUAAAAUGGUAGUGCAGGAGAUUCAUAUACGAGCUCAAUGUUACGAAAAACUGGACAAGUGCGGCCAAAUGCCGCUUCUGGGGUCCUCCUUCAGGGCCCUCAACUUCGCAUCUGCGGCCCUAAUGGCGCUUCUGCGCCUUCGCUUCUGUGACCCACGUGCGCAGCUGCGGUCCCAGCCAGAACCGCUUCUAUGA